CCCGUAGCUCCAGACCCUGUGACGGGCCAGACUGUGCCUCCGCUGAGCUUAGCAGCUCUGGGCGUUCGAAGGGGCCCGGCGCGCGGGGCUGGGAGCGGCGGCGGCUGCACCCGGAGCAGAGCAGCGGCGAUGGCUGAUUACUGGAAAUCACAGCCAAAGAAAUUCUGUGGUUACUGCAAGUGCUGGAUAGCAGACAACAAGCCUAGCAUUGAAUUUCAUGAAAGGGGGAAGAACCAUAAGGAAAAUGUGGCAAAGAAAAUUAGUGAGAUUAAAAAGAAAAGUAUGGAAAAGGCAAAAGAAGAAGAAAAAAUGUCAAAGGAAUUUGCAGCAAUGGAGGAAGCUGCACUGAAAGCGUAUCAAGAGGAUCUGAAAAGGCUUGGAGUUAAGUCAGAUUCUAUAAGUCCCAGUUCAACACAAAGUAAACCAGAGGAAAAGAAAGAAAAGAAGGAAAAGAAAAAAAAGAGAAAAGUCACCUCAGAAGUGCCAUUGGAUGAAACAAAGGAAUGGGUGCAAGGACUUUCCCCUGAGGGUUACAUGUAUUACUAUAAUACUGUAACUGGAGAAUCACAGUGGGAGAAACCUGAAGGAUUUCAAGACAACUCUCGGAACUCACAAAUGACAGGAGUAUGGGUGGAAGGAGUCAGUGAAGAUGGUCAGACCUACUAUUAUAAUACAGAAACAGGAGUAUCAACGUGGGAGAAGCCUGAUGGUUUUGUUUCAUCUUCGUAUGAGAGCAAUAAAGAUAACAAUCAUCCAGAAGAACACACAACAGCAGAUUCAAAGGGAUCUGAAUCAGAUGCUGAGAAGGAUGGUAAUAAAAGUGAAGCACAAAAGCUAGAAACAAACUUAAAGAUGAAAAGAGACAGCGAUGAAGAAACAGGGGAAGAGACGUCCCCCAGAGUUAAAAAGAUAAGCCCUUAUGGAGAGUGGCAGGAAGUUAAACAAGAAACUGAUGUUGCUCAGGAUGAGGCCCCAUCAGUUCCACAAGUUACCUCCCAUAAUGUAUCUAAAAAGACAAACCCUUAUGGAAACUGGAAGGCAGUUACAGAAAAGGAAGACCCAUAUGAAAAAGUGGACUUAGAGCUUCCCAGUACAGAGAGUGACUAUCUGCCUCUGCCAGUGCUCCAGGUUCCAGAGGAUGCAAAAAUGAUAUUUAAAGAAAAAACAGUCACCUCCCUUGGAGACCUGACAGAAGAGGUGCCGAUCUUCAAAAAGAGAAAAUUUGAAAAUGGAAAAUCUAGAAAUUUACGACAAAGACCAACUAAUCAGUAAUAAAUUAACAAAGCAUUUUAGAUGCUGUUUAAACAAGAGAGGGUCAAAAGUUACUAUUUUAAACAAGCUUUUUUUAAAGAAAAUGUUGGUUAGAAAUUAAGAAUUUAUAGUUAUUAAAAAUGUAUUGAAUGUGGAUUGUAAUAAAUGUUUUAUUUUUAUGUUAAUGUGAUUAUAUUUUGUUUUCUGAAUGGAUAAUUGCACAAUUGAUGCAGUGUUGUAAAUACAUUUAUUUUUUAUUUUAACCCUGUUACCUGAUUUCAGUUUGCUCAAUGUGUGCUACUUAAAAUACAAUAUAAUAUAUAA